CGGUGGUGUUCAGGACGCAUGUUAGCCCAGGGUGUGUGUGCGCGUGUGUGUGUGUGUGUGAUGCAGCCAAGGCAAUGCCGCCAGAAGGUGCGAACCAAUGUGUGCGUGUGUAUUUGUAUGUGUGUGCGUGCGUGCGUGCGUGCGUGUACCCUGUUCAGUUCCGCGGACGGCGCGCGGCCUGUGUCGGCCUUCGCCGCGUAGGUUGCGUCGCAUCGGGGGGCCGGAAACGGCCAGAGAGACCUCGUGCCGUGAUGCCUGCGCGACGCGAGCACCUCUGGGCACGCUCGGAGGGCCCACCGGCAGGAGCUGGCCGAGGCGAUGGAGGCGCGGGUCGUGCAGGGCCGCCAGGACCUGGCCGAGAGGCAGCGGCGGGUGGAGGCCGCCGAGCAGCGGGUGGAGGAGAAGCAGCGCGCCCUGGAGGAGAGACCGAGAAGCGCAUCUUCGACGUCGCGGACGGCGUGCAGGACGGGACGUCGUGGAGCUCAACGUUGGUGGGAAGCUGAUCUGCACCAGCCGCCAGGUGCUCUGCAGCGCCACGGGCUCCAUGCUCGCCGGCCUGUUCUCGGGAAACUUCGACGGGGGCCACAAGCCGCGACGAGGACGGCAGGGUGUUCCUUGACGUCGACCCGCCCAUCUUCUCGAAGGUGCUCUCCCACCUGCGGCUGCGGCGCCUCGCAAGCCCGGAGUGCCCCGCGCCACUCCCGCACGUGCCGGACGAGAUGCGGCCCGAGUACGACAUGGUGGUGAAUGGUGGAUUUCGGACUGGACACGUUCAUGUACGGCGCGGAGAUGUAUCCGAACGGCAACAUAUUCAAGUCUGGCGCGUCGCCGAGCUCACGGGCCUCAGCCAGACGAAGCUCCAGACCGGCGAGGCCGUGCGCAUCGUGCUGAGCACCACCGGCGGCGUGCCCGCGUCCAACCACGAGGAGGUUCUGGGCCCGACUGGCUUCCACGAACGAUCCUUGGAGAACAGCUACGGGGCCCACCCCAACACGCUGCAGAUCCUCUUCCUCAAGCACCGCGUGCGCGUGGAGGCCAUGGAGCUGAGGGCUAAGGUGGCGGACAUAACCGCCCAUAUGUCCAACCAGUGGACCUUCAAGCACGGGAAGGAGAUCAUCAAUAUGUAUUUCAAUUUCACGCGCACGGCCUACUCCACGGGGCGUCUGGAGACGGCAGGUCUGGAGCACACGCCUUUCGUUGACGAGGUCCUGUGGACGUUCCCCCGUGAUUUCUGCCUCGAGCACAUCGUGCUUCACGGCCAAGUGAUGCCAAAGUGAGUGCCGCGAUCUGUAAUUGUUUUCCGUACCUUGUUCUAGAGACGGCAGAGGGGGCAGUUAUUCGGAGGGAAUAUUGUUGCAAUUGUCAGCGGUAGUCGCAUCAGCAGUAGUUUGUUUGUGCGCUGCUUGCCUGUAUCAUGAACAUAAUUCAUGCAGGGAG